AUGUAUCUUUGGAUCAUAAAUCCUUAUCAAUUGAGUUUAGGUCAUAGGAAUGAUCUGUACAUAGUCGAACGCGAUGAGUGGGGAGCUGAGAAGCCCAUCACACAGGAAUUUAUCAAUCUACCAGCGGAAUACGUUAUUAUACAUCACACAGCCACUGAACAAUGCGAAUCGAAGGAUGCUUGCAUAGAUCUUAUGAAUGUGAUUCAGGAUGUCCACAUGAAUAUCAAUGAUUGGAAUGACAUAGGCCUGAAUUUUUACGUAGGCGCCGAUGGCAAGAUUUAUGAGGGUCGUGGCUGGGAUGUACGAUCUCAACGGUUAAGGGGUUAUGAAUCUGUAUCUAUAAGCAUUGGUUUUAUUGGUACAUUUUCGAAUAUUGAGCCACAGGUGAGGCAAGUUGAGGCAGCCAAGCGAUUGAUGGAGAACGGAGUUCGUCGGAAGAAGUUGCGCCAAAGUUAUCGCAUCUACGCCCAGAGGCAGUUUCAGCCCACCGAAAGUCCUGGCCAGAAACUUUAUGAACUAAUGAAGCAAUGGCCACGAUGGUCAACUAUUAUUAAGCAUUUUGACUAG